CCAGACGCAACUUUUCCUUGUGAAGAAGUGCCGAAGGACAGAGAAGCAGUCGUCACAUCAGCACGCACAGUUUAAUCAAUGAGCAGCAAAGCUGAGACCUUGCGUCUCCACCGGCUGGAUUGUCCGUUAACAACCACCUUCAGCUUGCGCUCACACCUCACACAGAGCGGGUGAAGAUGUGCUUUUGUUUCCAAAGAAGACGCAGCAUGCUGAAAUAUUUUAUCUCCACACAAACAUCUUAGCUCCGGAAUGCAUUAUGUACCACAAAGUAUGAACAUUUAAUACCUAAUUUAUUGGAUCAAGUUGUUCUCAAUUUAAAAACCAAACAAACAAACAAACCCAAAAAAGAAUAAUUGUCUGCUAAGAUAUGGGGGAGUCAAAUAUCAGCCUCGUGGUAGGAACUUCUAGAGAGAUGCAUGAAAAUGUCAGAGAAGGCAAGCUGGAUCAUUAUAUGGACAACUAUGACAUGGACUAUGGCAUCCCUCCAGAUGAGAUCCCCGAUACCACACAGGGCCAAGCCUUCUUUGUUGCCACCAUUGUUAUCGGUGUGGUCCUUGUCUGCAUCAUGCUUGUUUGUGGAUUGGGAAACUUCAUAUUCAUUGCCACACUGACAAGAUACAAAAAACUGAGAAAUCUAACCAACCUGCUCAUUGCUAAUUUGGCCAUCUCCGACUUCAUUGUGGCAGUGGUUUGUUGCCCAUUCUUGGUGGACUACUACGUGGUUAAGCAGCUUUCCUGGGAUCAUGGAUUGGUGCUCUGUGCCUCUGUGAACUAUCUCCGUACUGUGUCACUCUACGUGUCGACAAACGCAUUGCUUGCCAUUGCAGUUGACAGGUAUAUGGCCAUAGUCCAUCCUCUGAGGCCUCGUAUGAAGUACCAAACUGCCUACUGUCUGAUAACAGGAGUCUGGAUUGUUCCCAUUCUGAUAUCAAUUCCCUCUGCCUAUUUUGCGUCUGAGACCAUGUACCCUCAUGGAGGCGCAACCUCAAACACUCACAAAGUCUUUUGUGCCCAAAUAUGGCCUGUGGACCAGCAAGUGUACUACCAGUCAUAUUUCCUGUUUGUCUUUGCUGUGGAAUUUGUUGGCCCUGUGAUUGCCAUGGCAAUGUGUUAUGCCCGAAUUUCCCGCGAGCUGUGGUUCAAAAAUGUCCCAGGUUUUCAGACAGAGCAAAUACGGAAGAGGCUGCGCUGUCGCCGUAAGACAGUGAUGGUCCUGAUCGGAAUCUUGACCGCAUACAUCCUGUGCUGGGCACCGUAUUAUGGAUUCACCAUUCUGAGAGACUUCCACCCGACACUUAUCUCCCGCCAGAAGAACUCACUGGUGGCUUUUUACAUUAUUGAGUGUAUUGCCAUGAGCAAUAGCAUGAUAAAUACCUUCUGUUUUGUUAGUGUCAAGAACAACACAGUUAAGUACCUGAAGAAGAUUGUACUGUUGCGCUGGAAGUCAACUUAUACCCCUAGUAAGACUGUCGAGGAGAUGGAUGUGAGAACUUCCUCCUUGCCAGUAACAGAGGAAAUUGAAUGCAUUCACCUAAGGUGAAGAGAAAAAUUGUCAAACUAAAUAUUACUGACAUUUGGGUCUCUGUAGUAGACUGUUGAGAUUUGGACAUCAAAUCUUGUGCUCAGAUUAUGGAAACUGUCCAAGCUUCACGAACCGCACGGAACCACUGAACUGACUACUGGGCCAUUAGGCAGUUCCAUAUAUAUUCCAAAUACCUACAGUAUUUCUGCAUUAUGAGAAUGUGAUCGUUGUGCUGUUCAUACUGUGGGUAUUAACUGUGCAUUGUAGAAUAUUGUCUCAUCUGUAUACACUAUAUUACACUGAAAACAUGUGAAUAAUAGCUGCUGCUGCCCUAACUGGCCCAUCCAAAAUGCUUAUCUUGGUAUUACUUGUAUAAGUUCUGAACAAAAUCAAAUAAGUGUUGACACCAAUUUUAAAAUACCAAAUACCAUUUUUACUGUGUAUAUAUAUGUGUGUGUGUGUGUGUGUGUGUGUGUGUGUGUGUGUGUGUGUGUGUGUGUGUGUGUGUGUGUGUGUGUGUAUAAGUGCACAUUUUAUAAAUUCCAUGAAAUUACAAAUUCCAUGCCAUUUAAGUAUAUCUAAGUAUUGAACAUUGAGCAAAGUUCUUUUUAAUAACUGAAUAACCCAACAAGGACAUAUUUCCAUGUCUGCUGAGUGUAAA